ACCAAGUCUUCAUAGUUUUUCUAACUCAUUCAUUCUUAUCGUCCUUCAAUUUUAUUUCUCUUCUGUUAUAUCUUACCGUUUCAAUAAACACUCACUCUCUCAGUCUCUCUCUCUCUCUCUCUCAAAGGCUUCUGAAUUCUCAAAAUGACGUCGUAUCAAGAACACGAGAUUGAUCAAGACGACGACGGAGGAGGAGGCACUUCCGAUCUCAGCUCCGGCAGCGGGCCCCACCAGGAAAACAACCCUAACACCUACGAAACGCCGGCGUUGAAAGAGGAGCCUUUCGACUCGGACCCACCGUCCGACCCGGACCAAAAUUCCCUCCCGGUCUCUUCUCAACCACUCGGGAUGGUCCCCAUGGCUAUGCCGAUUCCGGUUUCCACGGCGGCUAGACGUUCUUCUACCAAAGACCGUCACACGAAGGUUGAGGGACGUGGCCGGAGGAUCCGAAUACCCGCCACCUGCGCCGCUCGGAUCUUCCAACUAACCCGAGAACUCGGCCAUAAAUCCGACGGCGAAACCGUCCGGUGGCUCUUAGAAAACGCCGAGAACGCAAUCAUCGAAGCGACCGGCACCGGAACAGUCCCCGCCAUCGCCGUCUCCGUCGGAGGGACCCUCAAAAUCCCAACAACCUCUCGCGCCUCCUCCACCACGGCCACCGCCACGGCCACCACAACAACCACGGCCGCGAAGAAACGUAAACGACCGUCGAAUAGCGAAUUCGUGGACGUAGUAAACGACGGCGUGGUUUCGAAUCUUUCAACUCUCGCACCAGUUCAACCCGCCACACCAACGGUCCCACCACAAGGCUUAGUCCCAGUUUGGGCCGUUGGAAAUACUGGUAUGAUGGUCCCCGCCAAUGCUUUCUGGAUGAUCCCACAACCCGGACCCGUACCCGGAACCAGCUCCACCUCCAAUCCGAACCCGCAAAUAUGGACCUUUUCACCCACCGUGACGCCAGUAUUCAACGUGUCUACCGCAAGGCCAAUUUCGUCAUUUAUAGCAAAUAAUUGUAGUCAGAAUCAGAUUCAGAAUCAGAACAAUAAUGUGAACGUGAAUAUGAAUAUGAAUAUUGCAAGUGGGGUUGAGAUUCGAGCUCCGUCUCCUGCGGUUUGUAACAGCACAGUGAGUACAAGUAUGGUCGGGGCUAAGGUGGCGAAAAAGUCGUCGUCGACUAUGGCGGCGAGUGUGACCAGUAAAGCUCAGAUGCUUAGGGAUUUUUCGUUGGAGAUUUAUGAUAAGCAAGAGUUACAGUUGUUGGGUCGACCUGGGAAUCACCAAACUCAAGCUUCUGCUUCUUCUUCUUCAAAGCCAUGAAAAAAGAGUCAAAUUUUUGGGUGCUAUUCCCACUGCAACAUAGUAAUAAAAGAAUCAAUGAAUGAAACAGAUUUUUAGUGUUUAUGAUUUCCUGUGAUUUUCGUCCAAUUUUUACACUUUCGCCAUCAACAACUUUUCUUUCAGCUUUCUAUUUUUGUUUUAGGUUAAGAGAACAUGUACUAACAACCACGUCGUACAAGUUGUACCGUGGUUAUUGUUCAAUGUUUGAUAUAAAAGUCCACGUUUAUGGUU